CAGGACGCGCCGCAGAGGGACAGGGUUUGUGUCAGGAUUUGUUGUGUAUCGAGUUAUUUUGCAAUAUUAGAGACUUUCCUUAGUUACCGGUACAAAUUGAAGUCGGUCUGCGUGUUGUGCAUGAUAACCUAGCAUGGUGAAGCCGUGUAAUGUUUUUAUUUUUCCAAACCUUGCGUUUCCCAGUAACUAAGCAGUGAGUCAGUCCACUGGAACCAGUUAUUCAGACAAGAUGCAUCCCAGUAUGACCAGUACAGCACAAGCAUUCUGAUCCAGUAGCUUGGACAUAUUCCCAAUCUACAAUGAAAAUAAAGCCAAGGAUAAGGAUUAUAAACCUCCUCCUGGAUUAACUGGUCCAUAAGGCAGAGGAAUGGAGCGGCAGGGUGACUCUCCACAUGACCAUGCUUUCGUGGAGCUGCCGGUGCCGAGCAUGCUGAGCGCAUGAGGUGAGGCGGACCUCCAGGUCCUGAUCCGCGAAACAGAGGAGAAGCUGAAACUCAACGCCUGCAGUAUUGAGCAGAACCUGUGUGAACUGCAGACUAAGAUUGGACAGACGUGGGCUGAUGAGAAGGUCCCCAGUCCCACAGAAUGCCUGAACCUGUUCAGUCCGAGUAAUCUGAGUUUGCUGAAACCUUUCUCUACUGGACACCGCGAGCUUCUGGACUUCCUCAAAGCACUGCAACACUUCCUGAAGACGGAGGAGGCGCACGCAGAGGCAGUCCUCCAACUGCUGUUAAACAUCUCCUCUCGAUGCGGCGUGGCCUUCCCCAUAUCGGACUCUUUAUCCGAACAGAGCCAGAGUUCAAUGGCUCCCCUCUGCUCUGCGUACAACGACAUCGCUCUGGACGUCCAAGAAACCUGGAAUGACAUCCGGUGCACGUUGCGGCGCCACCUGCUGGACGAGUUAUCCACGGACGCCUCUGGAGUCCCUCCGAGGGCCGUCUUUCUCGUGCAGCAGCUCUGCUUCCUGUACACUGAAACAGAGGUUCUGGAGAAGUACCAGGCCCUGCAGAGCAAAAUGGUCCUGGAGCUUCUCAGAAAAAACCAGACCCUCCGUCCAGAUGGAGAGAGCGGCUUUCAAAGGUUGGCCGUGAGCGUCCAGGCUGUCUGUCCUGCCUUCUGUGAGAUGCUGAGUGAGGACAUUCAUGUCCUGAAUGCCAUAUUCGAGCCACAAUGCAUCGUGCGGUUUGUGAACCGGGCCUAUCUGUGGACGCUGGGGCAGGAACUUGGCUUGCUCAUGGAGAAGGAGAUGGAGGUCGGGAUGAAGGACAACAGUAGGCCUGGAGGGAAGGGGGUGAGGAGCUCGAGCAGGAAGGCAGCAGUAGCUCCUCAAGACGCUCCCCAAACGAGCCGGAGUUUCUCCCUAACCUCUGAGCAGCUGAGAGGUCUGGUCCAGCUGGCCACCACAAUGCUGCAGCUGGAGCGUCGAGUGGAGGAUUUGGCAACUGAUCUGUUACUCAACUGUGCUGGAGAGUCAUGUGAUUUUAAAGGGAAUCUAAAGAAAGUCAGGGACAAUGUGGAGAUGUCUGCAUUGGAUGGUGAAGUAACACCAGAUUUACUGCUGCACAGUACAGAGGUGGUGUGUCUGGAGUUUGAGUGGAGGGCCGCAUUUCGAAUACUGGUUCCUCAGAUGGCUCAAAGUGUAAAAAUGUUUCUGGAAGACGUCUGCGAUAAAAGUCUGCAACAAGAGGAGAGGACACAUUGCUCCUCCUUGUCUCUUAUCCCUCUCGCCAGUGUUCCUCUCAGACAGGAAGCUGAACGCUGUCCAGAGAGAGACAUGCCCAAGAUGAUCGCUAAGUUUUGCGCAGAUGUGAUGGAGGAGUUGGAUGCUCUUCUCCCUUUGGCCGUGGUGUGUAAAGAAGAAGCUCUGCUCCCUGUGAGCUCCUGCUAUGUAGAGGUGUGUGGCCGGGUGAGCUCGGUUCUCCUGACCAGGCUGGAAGAAAGGCGAAGGGAGGUUCCUCACACCUCACCCCUCAAGAACCUUCCCACCAUACUGGCCUCCAGCACAUAUAUCCACCACAGACUGGUUUACUACGAGAGCCAGCUGCGAGACACCAAUCGCAUGCCUCUGAGUCUCUUGCCCAUCCAGAGGAGUCAUGAAGUGACAGAGACAGUUCACGAGCAUCUGACCAGCUACUCCGUCCAUGUUUGUGCCACCAGCAUACUACAGGAUGCUGAGAGUCAUUACUGGGCAGAUGACAAGUCAUUUUAUGAGGGUGAAAGGUGUUCGUUCUCUAUCCAGAUGUGGCACUAUUUCCUCUCAGCUUUGCGCAGUGACCUGUGGAUCACUGUUUCCCCGCUGUUGGCCCAGCAGACCCUGGCGCAGGUGUUGGCACAGACUCUAGAGCUCCUGCUUCAGCGGUACUCCAGAGCUCGGGCCUCUUACAAAAGACACCCUCAGAUCAGAAUGGACAUCACAGCCAUACUUCUCUGUGUGGAGCAGCUGAUGUGGUCCGUGUAUGACAACCUGGAGGAUCUUGUCAGACCGGAGCCGCCUUCAGAACCCUCCAGCACCUGGGUGUACAUCAUCCACAGCCUGUGUAAUCAGCUCCUGGACGUUCUCGUCAUCCUAACAGCUCCUCUAUUAGAGCUGUACAGAUCUUUUCAGAAUGGUUUUAGUGAAGAAGCGGCGACGGUUCCAGCAGAUGCAUGUUCACCCUUUUGGCUAAAUAUCAUCAACCCUACGCUCUUCCCUUUGGAUCAGCCAAGGGGCGGGGUGGAAAGUGAAAGCUCGGCUCUGUGGCUGUUGAACAUGGUGAGCUCGGGACCUGGCUUCUCUCCGGCUCUGCUCCUGCAGGCUAUCCUGCACCAUGACUGCGUUCUCCUGCGUCUUCUCAUCUCCCAUUCCUAUCUGUGUUUGGACAGUAAGGUUGAAGUGUCCCCCGAGGCCCAGGAAGCUGCUGCUGAGUUUGUGAGAGCUAUUUUUGCCAUCCUGUCCUCUCUAAACAACAUCCCCAGGGCUCUAGCGCUUGUGCUUGAGGGCUACCUGGAUAGAAGACACCUAUGGGACCACUUUUGCUGUUUAGCAGAUCCAGUGAAAGUAGACCCUGUGCUGUUUAAGUGUGUCAGAGACGUCGUCUUCCAACCAAUCCGCAGCCUGUUAGGGCACUUAGUGAGCAUGAUGCAGGCUUGUGAAGAACGAUCUGGGCCUUUGCUUAGGCAAAACCUCCCUGAAAGUAUAUUGACCAAGAUCCCCAAAGAGUGGAACUUUGUACCUCAGGACGCUAAGACGAAAGACAGCAGCAGGAUCACCAUUAGUCUGAGUGUUCAGGCUCUCUCCUUCAUCUUCACCCACCUCCCGUCCUGUGUGGCCUCUAUCCCCCUGCCUGUCCGCUUCCUCUUUCACAUGGCUGAAAAGCAUCAGGGCCAAAGCACCAGACAGACAGGGCGCUUGGGUCUGCUUAUCCAGGCGCUGCUCAGCCUCCUGUGCCAGGGCCUGGAGAAUGGCGAGACCCUGGAGAUGGUAUCUACUGAGCCCUUGGAGCGAGGGGUCAAAGAGCGUCUGGCGCUGCUGUCUGAGUGCCUGCAGGUGAGCCUGGGCCUGGAGAAGGGCAAGCCCAAACCCAUUGUGCAUAAGAUCCUGCAGGGUCUGGAGGAGAAAAGGCCCAAGUGGAACUCCAUCCAGCUGCAGAAAUCACACAAGCUCUGCAGCGAGAGCACAUUCGAGCGUGUGGAGAGUGGCCCGGCGCGGGAUCGAGGUGGACCCAGUGAACCGACCGAGCAGAAAAUGUGUGCUGUGCUGCUGGCGCUGAGCCAGGGAGCAGGUGGUAUUCAGAACCUGCAGCAGAUCCAUCACACCAUCCAGCUCAAUGAGGGCUUGUUAAGGUCCAAAUUCGCUUCUGGUACAUCUUCUCCCGAGGGACAUCCAUCUGUCCUCUUCUCCUCGGCAGCAAACCCACUGAACAGUUCGCCCCACUUUAACCCGCUCUUUCGCUUUGACCACGUCGGCUCCGCCAAGUUUGAUCAGUCAGCUACGAGCACGAGAGAGUGGGACUGGGCUCAGCUGCUGUCGGCCUAUCAGAGAGCGAGACAGGUGACCUUCACAGAUCUCCUGGCUAACAGGUGGGAGAUGCAGGAUGAUGCUCCACUUGAAGAUGAAGAGAAAAUUUUAGUAAAUCAUUUGAAGAAAACGUAUUUAAAUAGAGCUUCAUGUUCCAAGGUCUCUGAAGGACCUGACUGAUGUACGUGUGGAUUUUGAGGCGCUGUAUUUGACUUUAAACCAGUAUCUUAAUGUACAGUGAAUUGUGUUUUUGAAUAGAUUUGUUGUUUAGUAUUGUUUUCUAUAUUAGGAUGCACAUCAAUCAGGCAUCAAUGUAAGUAGUGGUUUAAGGAAUUGCUGUUGAACAGUUUCACACUUUUCAACCAAAAACACACCCCAGAGCGUCAGUAUUAACUUACCCUUUUCUCUUCUUUGUACUUUUUUGUAUAUUUCUGUUUAAGCA